AUUUUGCUUUACAUGAAAGGUGAUAGACUCAAGCUGUAGACCUAUACUGCUCUGUGACCCUGACUCAACACACAACCUGCAUGUCUGAAAGUGUCAACGAUUUCAAAGGGGAGAAAGAAAUGUCUCAUGAUGACGGACCGAGUAUGUUCCAAGACCUGCUGGCGGAGAGGGUCCGGCCCUUCAUUGACCUUGUAGACGACAUGAGAUCCAUAGGGAUAGAUAAGGAGCUGCCACUGCCAUCCAUUGCUGUGGUGGGAGACCAGAGUUCAGGAAAGAGCUCUGUGCUUGAGACCCUUUCUGGGGUGGCGCUGCCCAGAGGGACUGGUAUUGUCACCAGGUGCCCACUGCUACUUAAACUCUGUAACGACAGGACAGUGAAAUGGGAGGCUGUCAUCUCAUACGGAGGGAAAGACUUUGAGUUUGACGAACCUUCAGAAGUCGUGAGACAUGUUGAACAAGCUCAGAACAUGUUAGCUGGAAAGGGAGUGGGGAUAUGUGAAGACCUGAUCACUCUAAAGAUCACAUCCUCCACGGUGUGUGACCUCAGUCUGAUUGACUUACCAGGGAUCACCAGGGUGGCAGUGAAAGGACAACCAGAAGACAUUGGAGUCCAAAUCAAUAAUCUCAUUUCGAAAUUCAUAAAGAAUAAGAGAACCAUUAUUUUGGUGGUGGUACCAUGUAAUGUUGACAUAGCAACAACAGAGGCCCUGAAAAUGGCACAACAAGUGGAUCCUGAUGGCACAAGAACUCUGGCCAUUCUGACAAAGCCAGACCUGAUAGACCCGGGAGCAGAGAAGAAUGUGUUGGAAAUUGUCCACAAUAGAGUCAUCUUUCUCAGUAUGGGCUAUGUCAUUGUGAAAUGUCGUGGUCAAAAGCAAAUUGAUGAAAACAUGUCAAUAACCCGUGCGAUUGAGGACGAGCUGGAAUUCUUCCAAAAUCACCAGCUCUUCGGAUCCCUCGUGCGUGAGGAGAAGGCAACCAUCAAGUGCCUAGCCAACAAGCUCACCAAUGCCCUGGUCAAACAGAUCAAGACAUAUCUUCCCCAGAUGUCUGAGAAGAUAAAGGAGCAGCUGGUGGAGGUAAAGAAUUUGUUGAAUAAAUUAGAGGGCGGGCCUCCCGUGGAACCUGAAGAGAAGAGGAAGUACCUCAUUCAGGUCAUAACAGAUUUCAAUGAGCAGAUUACCCAACUGUCCAAAGGGGAUAUUAUCGUUGAGGAGAAUCUGUUUGUUCUCAUGCGAAAGGAAUUUACACAGUGGAUGAAAUGUUUGGAAAAUGACAAAUCAAACUACCACAAAGUAGUGCAACAAGUGGUGGAUGAAUAUGAUCAGGAGCACAGGGGAAGUGAGCUGCCAGGAUUCAGUAACUACAGGGUAUUUCAACAUGUUGUUCAGAAACUAGUGGCUGAACUUAAGAGACCAGCCAUGACGACACUACAGAAAAUCAGAGACAUGGUGCAGAAGCAAUUUGAUCAUUUGUCCAGAGAGAGCUUUAAGAAUUAUCCUUAUCUUCAUCUGGUCUCAAAGAAAAACAUUGAAACAAUCCAGGAAAAGCAGUCAAACAUAGUGAAGGAGAGGAUCGUGGAGCAGUUUGAGAUGGAGAUGCAGGUCUACACACAGGAUGAAAUCUUCAACAAAGUUAUGCUAGAGGCGGAAACACAUAUUCUAGAAGAGGGGGAAAUAGCAGAAGACAAAGAGCAAGACACCAGGAGCAAGUACCCUGGGCUGCUCAAAGCAUACUAUGAGAUUGUGGUGCAAAGACUGGCUGACCAGGUGCCCAUGAUGAUCUGUUACUUCAUCCUGAAGCAGUCAGCCAAGAUUGUGUGCAGUGAAAUGCUGGAUCUGCUACACAGAGACGACACUGAUAACAUCCUACAGGAGGAUUCAGAGAUCGGACAGUAUCGUGCAAAGUUGCAGGCCCAAGCGGAUCGCCUUCUACUGGCCAAUGACAAAAUCAGCAGCCUCUGAGGAGGGACGAAGCGGAUCGUCUUUGACUGGCCAAUGACAAGCGGAUCACCUUGGACUGGCCAAUGACAAGCGGAUCACCUUGGACUGGCCAAUGACAAGCGGAUCACCUUGGACUGGCCAAUGACAAGCGGAUCACCUUGGACUGGCCAAUGACAAGCGGAUCACCUUGGACUGGCCAAUGACAAGCGGAUCACCUUGGACUGGCCAAUGACAAGCGGAUCACCUUGGACUGGCCAAUGACAAGCGGAUCACCUUGGACUGGCCAAUGACAAGAUUAGUAAACGAGGGUUGACAAUUUGUCAAUGCAGAAAUUCUGAGAUGUAGCCAACAACGCCUGCAAUAAUUGUACCUACAUUUGAUCAGCAUACAGAACAUUUUAUAUGUUGGGCAUCUCUACAUUUGAUCAAAAAUGUGUUUAAAAGAAAAUUAUGUGACAGUUGUAUCAUCAAAUAUAACACAAUGCAGAUAUGUUUUCAUCUCAAAAUUUACUGAGGAAAUAUGUGAAGAUGGUUGAUAACAUUAUAUAAAGUGACAAAUAAAAUGAAGGUUGUAUCCAU